GCCAUCAAGCGCACACGUCAAGCAUCGAAACGCUCAAGUCGAACACCGAGUCAAGACACUCCGCUCGAACACCCGAGUCCAGCGCUAGUGUCCUCCCUCGUCUUCUGCUCUCCCAUCCCCCGCUUUGGAUGUCCGUGAAGAGCUCGUGGACUUUCAACAAAAAGUACCCCGUGUACACCGCCAGCCACUAGGCGCUUCCUCCCUCACGCUUUACCGUCUGAACCAAGCAACAAGAAACAUUAUCGUCAGUGCAACUAUGACUCAACUUGAGCUGCUCGCCCACUCCCCGUUGACCUCGGCGCCUUUCAGCGCGCCAAAGGCCAAUUCUACCGUCCCACGUCGCCACGUCAAUGGCAGCACCUUGCUACGUCGCGCGUCGUCCGCUAGCCCCUCGUACGACACGAUCGAGUGCAAGGCUCUGAUCCUCGGCUGUGGUGUGGCUGGAAACGCCGCCGCUUUGCGCCUCGCUAACCAGGGCGUCAAGGUGACAAUGCUAGCCGCCGCUGAAGACCCGAACAACUGCGCCACUUACUACGCCCAAGGCGGCAUCAUCUACAAGAGCGAGGACGACACGCCUGCUCUUCUGUCCUCCGAUGUCCACCGUGCCGGUGCCGGUGUAUGCGAAGAUAUUGCCGUCCAGAAACUGGCCGUCGAAGGCCCUGGACGUGUCGAGGAGUUGCUGCUGGACGUGGCUAACGUGCCGUUCACUCGCAAGGAUGACGGCGAGCUCGCUCUCACGCUCGAGGCGUCACACAACCGCGCGCGUAUCCUGUACAAGGCCGACCACACGGGCCGUGCCAUCUCCACUAGCAUGGUCCAAGCCGUGCGGGACCACCCGAACAUCGUGCUGCUCACUGGCCGCAGCGCCUUCGAAUUGGUCACCAACGACGCCGGUGAGUGUGUCGGUGCGUUGACUGUCUCAACCAAGGGCAAGGUAGAGCACUACCGCGCCCCGUUCACUCUGCUAGCCACUGGUGGUGUGGGUGACGUAUACAAGAACACGUCGAACCCCGAGGGCGCUCGUGGUGAAGGCAUUGCGUUGGCUGCUCGUGCUGGUGCUAAGCUCAAGAACAUGCAGUACGUGCAGUUCCACCCAACCACGUUGUACAUCCCUGACGAGCGUCGCUUCUUGCUGACCGAGGCGCUACGUGGUGAAGGAGCCAUCCUACGCAACAAGAGCGGCCGUGCCUUUGCCAAAGACUACCACCCGGACGGUGAAUUGGCUCCACGUGAUGUGGUUGCUCGUCUCAUUUUGGCUGAGAUGGAGAAACAGGACGAACCUUGCAUGUACCUGGAUAUCUCGCACGAGGACGCUGACUGGAUUAAGAGCCGCUUCCCGACCAUCUACCAGCACUGUCUUGACCGUGGCAUCGACAUGACUAAGGAGCCAAUGCCUGUGGUUCCUGCCGCUCACUACCACUGCGGUGGCGUUGAGGUUGACCUGCAAGGCCGUACCUCUGUGCCUGGUUUGUAUGCUGCAGGUGAAGUGAGCUGCACGGGUCUCCACGGUGCGAACCGUCUGGCUUCGACUUCAUUACUGGAGGGUCUGGUGUGGGGCUGCAGCUCUGCUGAUGACUACAUGGAGCGUAUCAACUCGUUCGACUCAGACAGCUCCAAGACGGAGGAGGACCCGUUCGCCAAUCUGAAUGGCUUCCGUGAUCCGUACCCGAACGAGAUUGAGGAGGUGAUGCUGGCGACCCAGCGCAUCAUGUGGGAGUCUGUGGGCCCCAUUCGUACGGCUGCUGGUAUGGACAGCGCGGUCGAUAAACUCGCGCUGCUGGAGGUCAAGGCUGACAAAUUGCACCAAGAGUGCCGCGUCACGCGCGAGACUGCCGGUCUGCGCAAUGCUGUUCGCGCUGCCAAGGAGAUCGCUCUCGCCGCUCUUAACAGCCCCCUGUCGGUGGGCACGCACUAUAUUGUGCAGGAGUAAGCUGCUCCUGCUCCACUUGUGAUCGAGCAAGGCUCGACUAGUUCAUUUUCUUUCGUUUACAAGCAAUUGUCAGUCCACAUUGGCAACUUUUGGUUGCCCUUGUGGUGACCGACCUGCAUUUAUUGCCGACAGAAUCAAAAAUGAUGCAUUUUCAAAGUGUCAAACACCUUUUGAGUUGUUUUUUUACAAGCUAUUUUCCAUUUAUCAUCCACCUUGAAUUCCAACAAACUCGCUCAUUGUAUUUUUUUU